ACCUAGGAACAUGGCCCUGCAAGAGAGAGAAAUCGGCAGCAGCUCCAUCAAUGACAAGCAAGAGCAGAACUAUAGUCGUGUUAUUACAAUUGUCUUCCUGGCACUCUUCAUCGACUUGUUGGGAUUUGCUCUCAUCUUGCCACUGUUCCCUUCCAUCCUUGAUUAUUACAGCCAGACUGAGGAUGGAUUCUAUUUGUCAUUGCAACGUGGUGUGGACUGGUUUGCAGUGAUGGUUGGGAUGCCUCCAGAGCGGAAAUACAACAGUGUCUUGUUUGGAGGAUUGAUUGCCUCAAUCUUUUCCAUCCUACAGUUUUUCUCCUCUCCCCUCACUGGUGCUGUGUCAGACUGCUUGGGCAGAAGGCCUGUCAUCUUGAUAACAGUGAUGGGUUUGAUAACAUCAUACGCACUAUGGGCUGCCUCUAGGACUUUCGGCGGUUUUCUCCUCUCCAGGAUCGUAGGUGGGAUAAGCAAAGGGAAUGUCAGCCUCUCCACAGCUAUAAUUGCUGACUUGCCAUCUCCAAAAGCACGGAGCAAGGGCAUGGCAAUGAUUGGCGUUGCUUUCUCCCUUGGUUUUACCCUGGGUCCCAUGGUCGGAGCUUACCUAGCCAUGGAGACAGCGAAAGGAGAAGUCUUCUAUCUUCGCUCGGCGUUGUUAGCACUCGUGUUUGCUGUGGCUGAUUUUAUUUUCAUCUUCUUCCUACUUCCGGAGACACUUCCCAAAGAAAAACGGGUCUCUUCUGUGAUGUCUGGAUUUCAGGCUGCAGUUGACUUGCUCAGUCCUUUGGCUUUAUUUCAGUUCUCUGCAGUCACCCGAGGAAAGGAGUCUCCUUCAGAGAAGAAUCUUCAGAAUCUCAAAAUCUUGGGCCUGGCUUAUUUCCUGUACCUCUUCCUGUUUUCCGGCUUGGAGUACACACUGAGUUUUCUCACUCACCCGAAAAAAAAUCAUUCUAGCAUGCAGCAGGGCAAGAUGUUUUUCUUUAUUGGAAUAACAAUGGCUGUGAUCCAGGGAGGCUAUGCUCGCCGAAUCAAGCCAGGAAAUGAAAUCAGAGCUGUAAAAAGGGCUAUUAUGUUGCUGAUUCCAGCUUUCUUGUUAAUUGGAUGGGCUGCAAAUGUGACCAUGCUGAGUGCCGGGCUGUUGCUGUACUCUUUCGCUGCAGCCGUUGUUAUCCCGUGUUUGUCAGCCGUGGUGUCAGGCUAUGGCUCUGCCAGCCAGAAGGGACGAGUCAUGGGGAUCCUGAGGAGCCUGGGUGCCCUGGCCAGAGCCCUGGGACCCAUCCUGUCAGCUACAGUGUACUGGCUGGCAGGGGCAGAGGUUUGCUUCACUGUCUGUGGAGCUUUGUUCCUCAUCCCUUUCAUUUUACUUGGUUCUAUGAAACAGCAGAGGAAGGAGGAGUAG